UGCCCUCUCUCGUUUUCAGAUGGACAGGUUUCGCAGGUUAGCACCAGGCGCAGAUCUGGCUGGCAGCAAGCUUCCCGCCCAUCUUUGGAGCAGCUUCAUAUAGAGAGAGAGCAUCUGUUGUUUUCUUCGCGGGCGCCCGGCACUCAUCAUACUUAUAGGAACGCUUGGUCUGUGUUUAAGCAGUUUCGGCUGCAAUAUCAUUAUGAUAUAAGUAUACGUCCUGACGUUGAGCAGGUCGCUCAAUUUAUUGCUUAUCUCUCCUGGAAUGGGUAUGCGGGGGCAACAAUAAGUACAUAUAUAUCAGGCCUGGCUUUUACGAUGCAAACAUCGGGUUGGCCUGAUGUGACUGACGCGUUUGUAAUCCGGCGGCUGGUAGACGGGUGCAGGCGGAAAAAUGCUCGCCGUGAUACCCGGUGUCCCAUAACCCUGCCUAUUCUCAAAUCCAUCCUAAAUUCAUUGACUCACGUAUGCGUUAAUACGUAUGAUCUGGCAUUGUUUCGGGCUGCCUUUCUAAUCGCUUUCUUUGGUUUUCUUCGAGUAGGGGAGUUCACGUCUCGAUCUAGACAUGAACCCGUUCCUUUAUCAGAAAAAGAUGUUAUUAUUCAAGGGAUGGGUAAUCAAGCAAAAUUGCGCAUUGUGAUUGCGAGGUCUAAAACAGAUCAAACUGGACGUGGAUGCUCGAUUUUAAUUCCACAGAAUGUUGUUUCGUAUGUAUGCCCACUUCGCGCUGUAAAUGAUUACCUCGCUCUGCGGAGCUCGGUCGGCUCUGCCUUUUUCCGUCACUUUGACUGGUCACCCCUAACGAGGCACCAAUUUGGCCAAGUUUUAAAGCGUGCCAUUAGUUUUUGCGGGCUACCCGUUGCUCAUUUCUCUUCCCAUUCUUUCCGUAUUGGGGCGGCAACUUCUGCAGCCAUGGCAGGUAUUCCCGAUGUUUGCAUUCAAAAUAUGGGGCGCUGGGCUUCCAACACACACAGAUUGUAUAUUCGACAACCUCUCCCCCCUUAAUUUAAGCAAUUUUGCCAGUUAUUUAUCACCCUUCUAUGUUUAAUACCAGUUUGUGCACAAUUUAAUAUCGACCUAAUGUUUAUUUGUUUUUGUUUUUUGACAACCCCUAACGAGCAGUAAAUAUUAACCUUACUCUCUCUCUCUCUCUCGCUUGUUGCCAUGGUGACGCAAUGGUUAUCUUACCCGUUAAUAGUUCCAUGGGCGCAGGCAGAAUUGCUCGCCCACUGUUAGUAGAUUGUGGUCUUUGCUACACUUAUCGUGUUUAUGGUAACUAUGUACCCCCCCCCUUUUUAGAAUGUACAAUUGGUGCCGCUGUUUCUUUCCUUUUCUCUCUUCCAUGUGCAGUUAUUUGGGGUCUCAACGUGGGUUGUGUCAGCAUUCCACGGAAUCGUAAGAGAGGAAGGGGACAAUUCACGUUUCGCUGACGCGGGCAGUCCCGCUCUAGUUGGGGGCGGGCCCUCACUACUCGACACGUGGCCGGGUCCUAAAACUCAAUACAUCCGCGAACAGGAGAACACUUGAUUUCUUUGUCGCGGAGCGAAAUCACUAGAGUAACAGCUGUUUUACCUCCGUCGAGGACUCGCUGGCUCGGACGUCGCGAACAGUUGGAACUUUUUUAUGAGCAGAUGUUAUGACCUGAAUACCUUAUCCAGAACUCACACGUGGUAUCAUCAGAUCUCACGUCCUUACUACAAACUUCACUAUUUAGUUACUAAGCCCCGCCCCCCCCCCCCCCCCCGCCUCUCCUUUAUCUUAGGGCACUAGACUCUUCGCAAGUGGACUGAAUGAGCAUGAAUCCUCCUAGAUGGUUUAAUUGUGCGUCCCUGUUCGUUUAAUGCACCCCCCCCCCUUUUCCCAGCUUCUUAGCGUGGACAUCGUAAAUACAGCAUGGUUUGAACUAUUGGCAUCAUAUUGUGUUGUGGCGGCGGGCUGACGAUGAGUCAUCCCGUUUGGCGGCAUUCCAUUUUUUGCCACAACACAUUAUGAUUCUUCACUUAUUUUGGGCUUCCUGAGAUAAUAUUUUUCAUUUAUUUAGACCAAUUUCGUAUAUUCCACUCCUCAUGUUAUAAUGUGAACGGGGCUUGGUUCGUCACCCGAUUUGGAUGAGGCCACCAGCGAAUUCCAUUUCGGACCGAACAUUAACGUUGCCUCGUUCACAUUCUAGUUCAGGGCCGUUGGUGGGGCUUCUGAGCACUAGUUUCUGUUUUAAAAGUUUUCCUGCAUAAGCUCGUGUUGCAAACGGGAAUCUUUGCUUCGUAGCUUUGCAGAUGGAAUUUUACGUUGCCCACAUUUGGCCAACAUGACAAACUGGUGUCUUUGUCAUGAAUGUGGAUGGACUGUUUUAAUUGUCAAUUGAGGAGAUUGGUUUAAUAACUUUAAUUUUUCGCAUAUGACACAUCUCAGGAGGCUUUACGUUUAUAUUAUUAUGUUUUGAUUGUUGCAUUAUAUUAUGUUGGCUUUAUUUGACAACACAUCAUUUUACAUUUUGGUAUACAUCAUUUGGAAGAUGCUUUUCAGAAACAAUUUUUAUUAAACUCCACGGAAAAUGCA